AUGCCCAUACAUAUACCUAUCUAUCUAUCUAUCUAUCUAUCUAUUUUUUCCUUCGUAGACUCCUCCUUUCUUCUCUUUCAUUCUCCGACGCGAGCGUUUAGGCUCUAUCUGCUGUAUCCCUCCAGGACGCGAGCGGUUAGGCUCUAUCUGCUGUAUCCCUCCAGGACGCGAGCGGUUAGGCUCUAUCUGCUGUAUCCCUCCAGGACGCGAGCGGUUAGACCAUCUGCUACCUCCCUCCAGGACGCUAGCGGUCAUGGCUCUAUCUGCUGUAUCCUCCAGGACGCGAGCGGACCAGGAUCGCUGAGGACGCGAGCGGUUAGGCUCUAUCCCUCCAGGACGCGAGCGGUUAGGCUCAUCCCUCCAGGACGCGAGCGGUUAGGGUUCUAUCUGCUGUAUCCCUCCAGGACGCGGUUAGGCUCUAUCUGCUGUAUCCUCCAGGACCAUCUUAGGCUACCUCCCUCCAGGACGCGAGCGGUUGAGCGGUCUGCUGGCUCCAGGACGCGAGCGAUUGCUUUCCUUCAUAUUUUUUUCGUCUGUCGCUUUCGUUUCCUUAACUUGUGUUCGUCAAACUUUCUCGUGCCAAAGAUUCCACCCUUUGACUAUCUCAGUCGGUCUCAGUGA